CCCUCCCUCCCUCCUUCCACCUCCACCUCCACGGCCAUCACCAGGCGGAUCGUCCCUCACGUGGAUCCUCUUCGCCUGGGUGGGGGCCGUCGAUCUAGCAGGAUCACACUGAAAACAAUGUGGAGGUUCAAUCCCUUUGGGGGGAAAGUACAAAACGGAUUGGAAGGUCGCACCAUUGAUGUUGGUAAUGUUAAGAUUACAGUGCGCAAUGCUAUUGCACAAGGAGGCUUCUCUUGUGUAUAUCUGGCAUGCGACACAUUGCAUCCAUCAAAGCAGUAUGCAAUGAAGCACAUCAUCUGCAACGACUCAGAAUUGCUUGACCUUGUCAUGAAGGAGAUCCAGGUGAUGAACCUUCUGAAAGGGCAUCCUAAUGUGGUUACACUGGUCGCUCAUGAUGUUUUUGAUAUGGGCCGCACAAAGGAGGCACUACUUGUUAUGGAGUUCUGUGAGAAAUCCUUGGUUAGUGCAAUGGAGAGCAGAGGUAAUGGCUAUUAUGAGGAGAAGAAGGCACUUUUGAUUUUCAGAGAUGUAUGCAACGCAGUAUUUGCUAUGCAUGGCCAGUCACCACCAAUUGCACAUAGGGAUCUGAAAGCUGAAAAUGUUCUUCUUGGAUUAGAUGGUGCAUGGAAAUUAUGUGAUUUUGGAAGCACGUCAACAAACCAUAAAUGCUUUGAUAAGCCAGAAGAGAUGGGGAUUGAGGAAGAUAUCAUCCGGAAGCAUACAACACCAGCAUAUAGGGCCCCUGAGAUGUGGGAUCUUUACAGAAGAGAAGUUAUUAGCGAGAAGGUCGAUAUCUGGGCCUUGGGGUGCCUUCUGUAUAGAAUAUGCUACUUCAAAUCUGCAUUUGAUGGAGAAUCCAAGUUGCAGAUACUUAAUGGCAAUUAUCGCAUUCCAGAGCAACCCAAGUAUAGUACCGCUGUCACAAAGCUGAUCAAAGAUAUGCUGGAAGCCUCUCCAAAUGACAGACCUGAUAUCACGCAGGUCUGGUUUUGUGUAAAUGAACUACUGCCUCUCGAGUUACAGAAAAGCCUACCCGAUGGAGCUUCAUCAUCCAUUUCCAUGUGUUUGCAAGAUGAAGGUGCUUAUAAAAGAACACAUGUGAUGCCUAGAAGGAACCCACCUCCAAGAGAACAAUCCAGUAGUUCAUUAUCUCAUGGCAGCUCAAAGGCAGGAGAUGGACCUCUAGGUGCAUUUUGGGCAACACAGCAUGCACAUGGUUCUGAAGUUACAGAUAAUAGGAACCCUUUGUUUGAUGAGGAACCAAUAAAACCAUCACCUUCAUCAAAGCAUAACCAAAGCAGGGGAGAUGUAAGCAUCAGUGCCCCUGGAGUUAGGCAUGGUUCUGGCCAGGCUGUUCGUGGUACACCGAGUAACUCUGCAUCCAACAAUGGGCUUGCAAGUGGGGCCAACACAAAUUUGUUCAUGGAAUCACAAAGUUCUUUGAAAACUAAACCAUCACAACCAAAAUUUGAGAAAGAUCCCUUCAACAGCUUCAUCGCUGAUUUUGAAGCAAACAAUCUCCAUUCUGGGACCAAUGCUGCUGGUAAGGAAUCUGAGCUUGAAGCAGAAGUGUCUAAUCUGAAGGAGCAGCUGAAGAAAACAUCAUUAGAGAAGGCCGAGAUGACAGCCAAGUAUGAAAAGUUGACUGCAAUCUGCCGCUCCCAGCGCCAGGAGAUUCAAGAGCUGAAGCGCACUCUUGCUGAGACUACACCGCCUCCAUCAAACAAAGUCAGCUCAAGAAUACCAGAAUCUGGAUCUCUGCGGAAGGAGAAGAUUGAAGGAACGGUGUGGGAGCUUGAGCAAGGAAUGCUCGCGAACAACUCAUCAUUACCUAGCUCUGAAGCCAAAACAUGGCAGGCAUUCCCUGAGCCCAAAUCUCAGCCUGCUCAGGUCAGACCAAAGGUUGAUCAUACUGCCAAUGGAGGGCAAAACCUGGGUAGGAACACAAACUCAAGACAACCACCAGAAGGUUGGGGUUUUGGGCCAGAUAGUUUCAGGACAUCGGGGACCGCUGCCGCCCAGAUCAACAGAGCCACUGCUCAGGGGAGCUCUUCCCACAGAUUCAGCUCAGGAGCAGCGAAGAAAGUGGAGCAGCCAUCGGGGUGGGCCGGAUUCUAACUUCUCGUGGCCAUAUGGCAAUCGUCUAUUCUGAUUCUCAAUUACAAACUGGCAGGAUAUCCUGGUGCCUGUCGUUCUUGCCUGGCGUAGCGGUGUCAAGAUUGGUUUAUUUUCAACAUGUUUAUAGUUGGUUAGGCCGACCUAGACACUCCUGUUCUGCGGUCGUUUGUUACAAUACCUAGUCAAUAAAUACAUCUUAUGAUCUAAUUACAACGUCAGUAUGUA